AAUGAUUUGUCUCCUGCAUUCGUAGAUUAUUUUUCAUCUGGCAAACAUGGCUGAUGUGUUAAGGAGUCUUAACCUUUUGGAAACCCUUAAGGAGUCCAUAGAAAAGAACAAUAUUUCAGAUAUAAGAGAUGCCAUGGAGGACAUGCUGAUCAGCAGAAUAAACAUUGCGGUGGCAGGUGACCGAAGUGCUGAAAAAGCCUCUUUUAUCAACUCACUUCGAGGACUCGGGCAGAAUGAUGAAGGAGCGGCCUGUGUUCCACCUUCUGCUGCCCCAGAGGAACUAGCUGUGUUUCCGAAUCCCAAACAUCCAGAUUUUCGGCUCUGGGAUCUGCCAUCCAUCCCCAGCGACCCAAGUUUUGAGGCAGAGAAAUAUGUAGAGCGCUUUAAAGUUUUGCGGUACAAUGCCGUCAUUAUCACAUUCACAGAGAGUCCCAGCGUGAACAAUGUGGCAGUGUGGAGGGAAGCUCGGUCUUUACAAAAAGAGACGGUGUACUUUGUCUUAUUAGCAUCCAUGAAGGAUACAGAGAAAACAUUGGAAACUAAGAAGAAAGCGAGUCUGGAAGUGCUCAAGGCUGAAGGCGUUCCACUCCCAAAAGUAUUUCUAGUUCACCCGUCUGCUUUGGAAAAGUUGGACUUUUCAAAGUUUUUAGAGGUGAUGCGUGGCGACCUUCCGGAAAUCAGGGCACAUGCUCUCCUUCUGGCCCUGCCUGCUUUCUCCCACUCAUUGGCAGUGUUGGGGCUAAAGAAAGACGCCUUCAAGGCACUUGUAUGGGCAGCGGCAUCUUUAUCUGGUGGGGUUUCUGCCAUUCCCGUGCCCCUGGUGGCCUCCAUGGUGGACGCUACUGUGGCCUUACGGAUUUUGAUGAAGGCUCAGAUAUCGCUUUGUCUGGAUGAUGAUUCUCUGCUGCGACUGGCAAGGCAGCGAGGUCUCGACCCAUCCAGGCUAAAGGGUCUGAGGACUUGUGCGCUUUCUGUUGAGGUCAGCAAGAGUGAAGUUAAAAGACGACUCGCAGAGGCAGAGAAGGAAACCAAUACUGCUUCAAAAAGACUUGUGGAGCUAGCCAUCCCAAGACAUGCCAGGUCCGUUAGUCGAUCUUUUAUGGUUAUGCUGCAGGCUCUCAACACCGCUAUUGAUGACAUGGGUGCUGAUGCUGAGAAAGUGGUUGCUAUGGUAACAGAUGGAUCACCCUUUUGA